AUGGCUUGUAAUCUGUACCGUCAGUUCUCGUCGUCGAUCACGAGGGUUUCCAACCGCCGGCUCAUCUGCACGACGGCUCAGCUAUUCCAGAAUCAGCGGCUAGAGACAGAGGGAUCGCAAAUAUCCGAUGCGAAAGAGAAGAUCCAUGAGCAAACCGAGGAUGAAAAAAAACCGGCGCCCGAUGAUGAAGAAGAAGACGGCGACGAGUUGGUGAACAAGCAGACCGGUGAAGUCGGCGGCCCCCGCGGGCCGGAGCCGACUCGGUACGGCGAUUGGGAGAAAAAAGGUCGUUGCUCCGAUUUUUGA